AUGGCCGCCUUAGCAGGGGGCAUUCCCAGGAUGGUGCGCCCCACGCCACCCCAAAACUACCCAAGAGGGGGCUAUUCGCUCGAAGUUUCCACACCUUUAGGCCAGGGCCGAGUAAACCAGCUCGGCGGUGUGUUCAUUAACGGACGCCCCUUACCCAACCACAUUCGCCAUAAGAUAGUAGAAAUGGCACAUCACGGGAUCCGACCGUGCGUCAUCUCGCGCCAGCUGCGCGUCUCACACGGCUGCGUGUCCAAAAUCCUAUGCAGGUACCAGGAGACGGGAUCCAUCCGCCCUGGUGCUAUCGGAGGUAGCAAGCCGAAGCAGAACACCAGUCCCGACGUGGAUAAGAAAAUCGAGGAAUAUAAGAGAGAGAACCCGGGAAUGUUCAGUUGGGAGAUCCGAGACAAGCUGCUGAAAGACGGCAUCUGUGACAGAAACAACGUGCCCUCAGUCAGCUCGAUCAGCCGCAUACUGCGCUGUAAGUUUGGUGGGAAUGGGGAGGAUGAGGAGGACGAUGAUGAAGUUGAAAAGAGGGAGCUUGAGGAAAACGAAAGACGUGCCAAACACAGCAUCGAUGGUAUUCUCGGAGACAGAUCGAGCCAUUCGGAUGAGGGUUCAGAUGUAGACUCAGAGCCAGGCCUGCCUCUGAAGAGAAAACAGAGGCGCAGCCGCACGACAUUCACUGCUGAGCAGCUUGAGGAGCUGGAGAGAGCUUUUGAGCGCACACACUACCCCGACAUCUACACACGAGAGGAGCUUGCCCAAAGAGCCAAACUUACUGAGGCGAGAGUGCAGGUGUGGUUCAGCAACAGACGGGCUCGCUGGAGGAAGCAGGCAGGAGCCAAUCAGCUGAUGGCAUUCAAUCACCUGAUUCCUGGCGGAUUCCCACCAUCAGCCAUGUCGAGCCUACAGCCUUACCAGCUUCCGGAAAGUCCUUACUCUGCUUCCUCCAUCCCACAAGCAAUGUCAGAACAGGCCAGCACAGUGCACAGGCCUCAACCUCUUCCACCGACUUCUGUACAUCAGAGCAGUCUGGCCACUGCCCCGGGAGCCCAGGAUGCCACUUCAGCCUAUUGCCUUUCUUCAGGCCGUCAUGGCUUCACAGGCUACUCAGACAGUUUUGUGCCUGCACCGAGCCACUCUAACCCGGUCAACCCUGCUAUCACCAAUGGCCUCUCAACACAGGUGAUGGGACUGUUGAACCCAGGAGGUGUGCCUCACCAGCCGCAGGGAGACUUCUCUCUCUCCCCUCUCACUGGUUCUCUGGAGCCCAGUGCGGGCAUGGCUGCCAGCUGCCACUCAUCACAGAGACUGGAGUCUCUUUCCGGACUGGCCAGCAUGCCUUCUCUGCCCAGCUCACAGUCUUAUUGCCCGCCCAGCUACAGCUCGCCUGCCUACAGCGUCGACCACAUGGCACCGUACCAAUAUAGCCAGUAUGGGCAAAGUAAGGUGCCUUUCAUUAUUUGAAGCCCAACAUCAACUAAGCAGGAAGAAGUGAGCAGUAGAAAAGAGGGGACGUUAAAAUGCUCUGACAGAAACCACCUGCUCUUCAGCUCAUCUCGUGACCUCUGACAUCCACUUCCAGAUCCAUGCCUACCCACAAUCCCCCUGGCAUCAGGAUGGUUCUGAUCCAGCCGCACCACACACUCAUG